GUGUCGCGGGGACCUUGGCUCAGGUGUGCGCCGCGCCACAUCCCGGAAGAGAGGCCGGAGCUGUGCGGCUGUGCUCCUCCUCCGCGCCGCCAAGUGGUCUCGGCCGCGCGACCGCCCCCUCUCGGGGAGCGCGGUGGUCCCCGGUGCCCGGCCCUCCCGGGAGCCCGGUAGUCCCCGGUGCCCGGCCCUCCCCGGGAGCGCGGUGGUCCCCGGCCCUUCUCCCCCAAGCGGGGCCACCGGGGGUCCUCUCUCCGGGAAGCCAAGCAUACGCCUGGAGCUUGCAAAGCCGGCGUGCCCCGGCCUCCUUAUGCCUUCCGUAUUCUCUGACGAUCGCGAGCAGGAAGGUGAUUUGUCCCUAGUCACGGGGAUGACUGGUCAUAGCGUGCAGGGCAUAGAGCUGGCAGGGCCGCGGGGAGCCAGCCCUCACUCAGCCAAGAUUGGAGAAGAAGUUGUCCAUGUUCACACUGGGUGAAGGAAGCUGAAACCACAGACAUGGCUGAGUCCUCCAUAAAGAAGCUGGCCUCCACCCUGCUGGACGCCAUCACCGAUAAGGACCCCCUGGUGCAGGAGCAGGUCUGCAGUGCCCUGUGCUCCCUCGGGGAGGUGCGGCCGGUGGAGACACUCCGUACCUGUGAGGAGUACCUGCGGCAGCAUGACAAGCUGGCGCACCCAUACCGAGCGGCGGUCCUGAGGGCCAUGGAGAGGGUCCUGAACAGUCGUGCCAGUGAGCUGGACAAGGACACAGCCAGCACCAUCAUCCUCCUGGCCUCCAGCGAGAUGACCAAGACGAAGGACCUGGUCUGGGACUGGCAGCAGGCGGCGAGUGGCGUCCUGGUGGCCGUGGGGAGGCAAUUCAUCAGCAAGGUGAUGGAGGAGCUGCUGCGCAGGCUGCAGCCUGGGACCCUGCCUCACUGCGCCGUGCUGCACACCCUCGCCAGCCUCUCGGUGGCCAACGCGUUCGGCGUAGUCCCCUUCCUGCCAUCCGUCCUGAGCUCCCUGCUGCCUGUGCUGGGCAUGGCCAAGCAGGACACGGUGCGUGUGGCGUUCUGCUCCGCUCUGCAGCGCUUCAGCGAGGGUGCCCUAGAGUACCUGGCCAACCUGGACCGGGCCCCAGACCCCACGGUCAGGAAGGACGCCUUUGCCGCCGACAUCUUCAGCGCCUACGAUGUUCUCUUCCACCAGUGGCUGCAGAGUCGAGAAGCCAAGCUCCGUCUUGCCGUGGUGGAGGCUCUGGGGCCUAUGAGCCAUCUGCUGCCCAGUGAGAGGCUGGAAGAGCAGCUGCCCAAGCUCCUCCCUGGGAUCCUCGCCCUCUACAAGAAGCACUCAGAGACCUUCUACUUGUCCAAGAGCCUGGGACAGAUCCUCGAGGCAGCCGUGAGUGUGGGCAGCCGCACAUUGGAGACCCAGCUGGAUGCCCUCUUGGCUGCACUGCACUCCCAGAUCUGUGUGCCUGUGGAGUCCUCAAGCCCCCUGGUGAUGAGCAACCAGAAGGAGGUGCUGCGCUGCUUCACUGUGCUGGCCUGCAGCUUGCCUGACCGCCUACUGGCCUUCCUGCUGCCCAGGCUGGACACCAGCAAUGAGAGGAUCCGCGUGGGCACCCUGCAGGUGGUCAGACAUGUCAUCAACUCGGCUGGUGAGUGCCUCCAUGCUAGUCUGGCCGCCGCCCCUGGCCGUGUCCAGGAUGGAGCAGGUCCUGGCAGAUUUUGUCCCUCUAGGUGA